CUCCACUUUCUGUUUACCUAAACUGUAAACAAGAAAACAAAAUAUGGGAAACAUAUUUUCGACUUGUUGUAGAGGUAAUGCAGAGAAUUACAGUGAAAUAAGCAGUGAAUCCAAGAUAUGUGGUGAUAAUGAAGCGGCAGAUGAGGUUGACAGGAAUACUGGCACUGGAUAUACACAUUUGGAAGAAGAAACAAAUGAACCUGCUGUGAACUCCCUGGUUUCAGCAAUAGCUGAAGUGAGGAUCACUCCUGAGGAAUCAAAAGAUGUAACCAUCCAACAAAAUGAGAGAACAGUAACAGUCCAGUUGAAGGAAGAGGAAAGAAUAGAAAGAUUGGAAGCUGUUGUGAGCUCUAAAGUUAUUACAGUGACUGAGACCAAAACAUUUUUUGAAGAAUCAUUUUUAGAUUUUCCAUUUCUGAAGGAUGAAAAAACAAUAUCUUUUAUAAGAAAAUCAAAUACAAUAUUUAUAAUGCGGGGCGUUCCGGGUUCAGGGAAAUCUACGAUUGCUAGAGCCCUAAAACAAGUGUAUCCUACAGCUGUUGUGUGCAGCGCUGAUGAUUAUUUCAUGAGAGGAAGUGAGUACAAUUACAGAUCAGAUGAUUUAGGGAGUGCUCACAGAUUCUGUCAAGAAAAGGCAUCAGAUGCAGUUAGAAACGGCACUAAUGUUAUCAUCAUUGACAAUACAAACAUAAAACGAUGGGAAAUGAAAUUUUACUUGGAUCUAGCCAGACAACAACAGUAUACUAUUGUUCUAGUACAACCCAAAACUGAUUGGAAAAACAAUCCAAGUGUCUUAGCAUCAAGGAACAGCCACAACGUUGAUGAAGAAACCAUACGUAAAAAGAUCAAGGGUUUUGAAGAAUAUGUGCCAUUUUAUUAUGCUUGGUUUUUGAACAGGGAAGAUAGUAUGCUGGUACAUCAGAAUUGUUAUAGAACCCUUACAUACUGUUUGGAAAAUAUUCCUGAAUUUUCUUCAUUUGUGUUAGGAGAAGAUUACAGUUCCAGUCAAUUUCUAGAAUACUUCAGAUUGAAGGAGAUGCCAAACACAACAUACCACUGCACAGCCAAGUUUUUAGGUGGGCCUAAGAGCAACAUCAGGGGAAGAUUAGAGUACCAUAACAGUUCCCAUGUACAGGAAGCUUACGGUAAAAGCUUCAUCGUCGUCAUGACGGGGAUGAUAGUGACGUCAUCUGUGGUGGCCAUUAGAAUUAAGUUACCCUCCGAUGAGGCCCUGCUCUUGUAUGACAAGCCAGAGGAAAAUGCAGAUUGUAGCUUCCCCGAUAGAUUCUGUCAUCAGAAAGGGAGUAGUGCUCAUUUAACAAUGGCGACCGCAGAGGGAGUUCCGGCAAAACACAGUAAUGCCGAUCUACUGGCUGUCUGUGAAAUGGAGAAAACAGGCUCCAAAAGUAAACCUCCUGUCCAGCUCAGUUUUGGAAAAGUUCAUUUCUUGGAUAGAGGUUAUUGUUCAAUUCUCUUUGAUCAGCAUUUGGAACUGAUUUCUCUUUUCGCAGGAUCUUAACAAUACACUGUAAACAACUUUAAAAGGUUCAAUUAUUAAUUUUUCUGAAUGAAAAUUUAUUUUAUAUAUUUUAGAGUUUUGCAAUAAUUCAGUAAAAUUUAUUUGAACAUUUUCCAGACCCGUGAUUUUUGUUAACUGUAUAAAUUCUUGAAUGUUUUAAAAAUCAAAUUAAGAUUGGAACAUCGAUAAUAAGACUCU